AUGUCUAAUUCUACUUUCGGGUCUCUUCUAAGCGUGAUCUCCCCAUUUAAGUACAAGGCAGUACCAGAGGGUGAUGGAUUCUGGGGUCCUGUUACUGCCACCAUUGAUUGGUGUGAGGAGAACUAUGUCCUAUGCCCGUAUGUGGCAGAAAUGAUGAAUACAUUGACAAACGUUAUCUACAUGAUACUAGCAGUGAAAUUAUGGCGCUCUACUAGGAGAAACCACCAUGGAAACAUUUAUCUUCUUGUUUCCCUUGGACUUAUGGCUGUUGGAAUAGGAUCGUUCAUGUUUCACAUGACCCUUCAAUACGAAUAUCAGCUUUUGGAUGAGCUUCCGAUGGUUUAUUUCAGCUGGAUUCCGCUCGCAUACAUUUUGGCGGUGGAUCAUCAAAAGCAGAAAAAUAUGAUCUAUGGAGGCAUGUUUCUAAGUAUGAUUGGAUUCACCUUAAUUUAUGUCUUUGUGUGCCAAAAUCCAAUUCUCCAUCAGGUCCUAUUUGCAGUAAUCAACGGUAGUAUCAUAUACAAAGUGGUAACCAUGACAUUUCAGUAUGUUUCUGACAAGUCGGCUCGCUCGUUUAUAUUCAAGCUUCUAGGAUUUGCAACUUUUGAGGCUGCACUCUCUUUCUUUUUCUGGAAAAUUGACACCAUUUACUGCAGCACAUGGAUCAAAAUUAGGAGGAUCAUUGGUCUUCCAUUAGGUACCAUACUUGAAUUGCAUGGAUGGUGGCAUAUCUUCAUGGGUUUAACUAUGUACCAUUUCAUUCUAUCAACCCAGGUUUUGAACGUUUGGUUCAAAAAGGGGCAGGACAAUUAUUACAUUCAGUACAAGCUCGGUGUUCCAUUCGACUUGGUUCUUAAGGAUAAUGCAGACAAUACUGAUAAGAAAACCAAAUGA